CCUACUGAACUAUUAAGAUUGGUAGAAAAAGAAGACAAACAAAUUCUACCCCACAAAGAAGAGGUUGAGACUGUGAAUUUGGGAACAGAUGAAGAAAUAAAAGAGGUGAAAAUUGGUACCACUCUGACAAUCCAGAUAAAACAAGAAUUGAUAAAUCUCCUUCAAGAGUUCAAAGAUAUCUUUGCCUGGUCUUAUCAAGAUAUGCCCGGUUUAAGCACAUAUAUAGUGAUACACAAGCUUCCAAUCAAUCCAGAAUAUAAACCAAUCCAACAAAAGCUCAGACGAAUGAGGCCAGAAAUGUUGUUGCAAAUCAAAGAAGAAGUGAUGAAACAAAUCAAUGCAGGUUUCCUACAGGCAUCUAAAUACCCAGAAUGGGUAGCCAACAUUGUUCCCGUACCAAAGAAGAAUGGGAAAGUUCGAAUGUGUGUGGAUUACAGAGAUCUCAACAAAGCUAGUCCGAAAGAUAGCUUUCCCUUACCCCACAUAGACACAUUGGUGGACAAUACUGCAGGGCAUGCAUGGUUUUCAUUUAUGGAUGGCUUUUCAGGAUAUAAUCAGAUAAAAAUGAAUCCUGAAGACAUGGAAAAGACGACAUUUAUAACCAUGUGGGGCACAUUCUGUUAUAAAGUGAUGCCAUUUGGAUUGAAAAAUGCAGGGGCAACGUAUCAAAGAGCCAUGGUAACUUUGUUUCAUGACAUGAUGCACAAAGAGAUUGAAGUAUAUGUAGAUGACAUGAUUGCCAAAUCCCGAACUGAAGAAGAACAUAUUCAAAAUCUGAGAAAGCUUUUCCAGAGAUUGAGGAGAUAUCAAUUAAAGCUCAACCCCGCAAAAUGCACUUUUGGGGUAACUUCUGGGAAACUUUUGGGAUUUGUGGUCAGCAAAAAAGGAAUCGAGAUUGAUCCAGAUAAAGUCAAAGCAAUUCAAGAUCUUCCACCACCCAAUACAAAAAAAGAAGUUCGAGGCUUUUUGGGAAGAUUAAAUUAUAUAUCUCGGUUCAUUUCUCAAUUAACUGACAAAUGUGAUCCAGUGUUCAAAUUACUUCGAAAGAACAAUCCUGAAGUCUGGAAUGAAGAAUGUCAAGAAACUUUGGAUAUUAUUAAGAAAUAUUUAUCCAAUGCCCCAAUUUUAGUAUCACCAAUGCCUGAUAGACCAUUAAUUCUCUACUUGAUGGUCUUCGAAAAUUCGAUGGGAUGUGUACUAGGACAGCAUGAUGAAUCAGGAAGGAAAGAAAAAGCUAUUUAUUAUCUGAGCAAGAAAUUUACUGAUUGUGAAGUUCGAUAUCCACCAAUACAAAAAUUAUGUUGUGCCCUGGUGUGGGCUACUCGAAGACUCAGACAAUAUAUGUUAUACCAUACUACUUGGUUGAUAUCCAAACUUGAUCCUUUAAAGUUCUUAAUGGAAUCACCAGCUUUGACAGGCAGAAUGGCUAGAUGGCAGAUGUUAUUAUCUGAGUUUGAUAUUGUAUAUGUCAACCAAAAAGCGAUAAAAGGAAGUGUCAUAGCUGAUUUUCUGGCCAGUCGUGUAUCAAAUGAUUAUCAGCCUUUGAACUUUAAUUUUCCCGAUGAAGAUCUGUUGUGCAUAUCCAUGAAUGAAGAAGUCAGAACAAAUGAUGAAUUUGCAACUUGGAAGCUUUAUUUUGACGGAGCAUCUAAUGCUUUGGGACGAGGAAUUGGGGCAGUGUUAAUUUCUCCAGAAAAUGUUUAUUAUCCCUUUACAAGUAGACUGGAGUUCUUUUGCACCAAUAACAUGGCGGAAUAUGAAGCUUGUAUCAUGGGGUUGAAAGCAGCUAUAGAAAGAAAAAUCAAAUUUCUCAAGAUAUAUGGAGAUUCAUCGUUAGUGGUGUAUCAAUUGCGAGGAGAAUGGGAAACAAAAGAUCCCAAAUUGUUGGAAUACCGAAAUUUUACCCUCGAAUUAGUGAAAGAAUUUGAGAGAGUUACCUUCAAUUAUCUCCCUCGAGAAGAAAAUCAAAUGGCAGAUGCUUUGGCUACAUUAGCUGCUAUGUUUCAGGCAACUAAGAAAGUUGAUAUGAUGCCAAUCAAAAUGCAAGUAUAUGAAAUUCCUGCACAUUGUUAUAGUGUGGAAGAAGAGGUAGAUGGUAAACCAUGGUAUCAUGAUAUUCUGCAAUAUAUCAAAAAUCAAAGUUAUCCACCAAAUGCAUCGGAAAUUGAUAAAAGAACUUUGAGAAGAAUGGCUGCUGGAUAUUUUCUUGAUGGAGAGAUUAUGUAUAGAAGAAGCAAUGAUCAAAUGCUAUUGAGAUGUUUAAAUACCAGUGAAGCUCGAAAUGUUAUUGAAGAAGUACACAGUGGAAUAUGUGGAACACAUGCAAAUGGCCUUUCCAUGGCAAGAAAAAUAAUGAGAUAUGGAUACUAUUGGGCUACCAUGUACACAGAUUGCAUUGAUUAUGCAAGAAAAUGUCAUAAAUGCCAGAUAUAUGCAGACAAGAUUCAUGUACCCCCAUCUCCUUUACAUGUAAUGACAGCACCCUGGCCAUUUUCUAUGUGGGGAAUAGAUGUCAUUGGAGCAAUCACACCAAAAGCAUCGAAUGGACAUUGCUUCAUCCUUGUGGCAAUUGAUUAUUUUACCAAAUGGGUUGAAGCUUCUUCAUAUGCCAAUAUUAAGAGGUCCACAGUCUGUAAAUUCAUAAAGAAAGAGAUAGUUUGCCGGUAUGGCCUACCAGAAAGGAUCAUUACAGAUAAUGCUCUGAACCUGAACAACAAAAUGAUGACCGAACUUUGUGCACAAUUUAAGAUCAAACAUGCAAACUCAGUGGCAUAUCGUCCAAAGAUGAAUGGGGCAGUUGAAGCAGCAAAUAAGAACAUCAAGAGAAUCAUUACAAAGACUACUGAAACUUACAAAGAUUGGCACGAGAAGUUACCUUUUGCUCUAUAUGCAUACCGAACUACUGUUCGAACAUCUACUGGGGCAACGCCUUUUUCUUUAGUCUAUGGGAUGGAAGCAGUCUUACCAAUUGAAGUUGAGAUUCCAUCGCUUCGAAUAUUGAGAGAAAUAAAAUUGGAUGAAUCUGAAUGGAUCCAAGCUAGAUUUGAUCAAUUGAACCUUAUUGAGGAGAAAAGAUUGAAAGCUGUUUGCCAUGGACAGAUGUAUCAAAAACGGAUGAUGAAGUCUCAUGACAAAAAAGUACAUCCAAGAGAAUUCCAAAAGGGUGAUCUAGUACUAAAAAAGAUCUUGCCUAUACAUAAAGAUUUCCGUGGGAAAUGGAUGCCUAAUUGGGAAGGGCCAUACGUUGUGAAAAAGGCCUUUUCCGGAGGAGCAUUGAUCUUGGCAGAAAUGGAUGGAAAAAUUCUGAGAAAUCCAAUAAACUCAGAUUCUGUCAAGAAGUAUUAUGCUUGA